CAGAAGUUGUACCUCAUUGUUUAAAAAAAUAAGAUUUGUAUUCCCGCUUUGUUCAUUUUGUGCCUAUUUCAUUUUUUUUUUUUCAAUUUUUUUUUUCUUUGUUGAUUCAUCUUACAUUUCUUUCCACUAGUCAAUCUAUAUCUCUAGUCUUCUUCAUUAUUUUGAUCCCUUCCUCACUUCUAUACUUUUAUUACCACAACAUCGAUUUGAUCCAUGGAAUCAUCUUGGAUACCAGGAUCUUAUCGUCCAAUCGUACUCAUUUGUAUUGGCUUAUGGGGUUGGGGUCUUAAUUUACUUUUAUUAUAUCGACAUAAUAUAGAUCCUUCCUACUUGUUACAGAUCCAGUCUUCUUCUUCAAAUGAUAAACGUGUAUAUCAACCCAUCUUUUUCUUGGCAACCAUUCUUACUGUCAUUGUUCUAUUCAACCUAUGGGUUUACCUGAACUUUGUUCAAUUUGAAGAUGCUUCUUGGUUACCUCUUUUAGCUUACCUUUCAUCUUUGGUUUUACUUUUAUGGCCUGGAAAGGAAUUUUAUCGUAAAGAACGUACUCGUUUUAUUAGACUUGUGAGACGAAUUGGUUCAUUCAACUUGUUCGCUAAUGUCUACUUUGCUGAUAUCAUAUUCGCCGAUCUUUUGACCAGCUUUUCCAACGUUCUUGGUGAUAUGUUCUUGACUGGAUGUAUUAUUUUGCCUGGCAAGUCGAAUCAAGCCUAUAUGGCCCUGGAAUCAGAUACUCAAAAUGCCUAUUAUCGUGAUAUCAUGGUUCCCCUGAUCAUUAGUUUACCUUACUUUAUUCGUUUACGCCAAUGUAUAUCUGAAUAUAUCGAAUCAAGAGGGGAAACACGACGCCACUUAUUCAAUGCUUUAAAGUAUGCUUCAGCCUUUCCUGUGAUAAUUUUGUCUGCUGUACAAAAGAAGGCAUCCAUUUAUAUUACUGAAACUGGAUCAAUACCUACGACUUGGUGGAUUGAUGAAUCUAAUCUAUUUCGACUAUGGAUGAUAGCAGUAUUUGUCAACUCAUUAUAUUCAUUCUGGUGGGAUAUAUCAAUGGAUUGGAAUUUAAUACAAGUGACAUAUGAAAUGCCAACAACAAAACAUGCAGAAGAUCAUCAUCCGUAUCAUGGACAACAUCAUCUCCAGCAACAUUUAACUCCCAUGGUACGCUUUCGACGCAAUCUUCACUUCUCGAUGACACCUGUCUAUUUUCUGGCAAUGAUGGCAGAUUUUAUUCUACGGAUAACCUGGAGUCUCAAGCUUAGCUCUCAUGUCUAUAUCAAGAGAAUAGAAGGUAGUGUCUUUUUGGUGGAAUUAUUAGAAGUUGUACGCCGUUGGAUUUGGGUUAUCUUUAGAAUGGAAAGUGAAUGGAUCAAACGUGCUAAUUUACCAACAACAUCAUCAUCAACAACAACAGCAAUAUCAUCUACAACGACUUCUCCUACAUUAUCUCACAACAUUUCACCAUCACAACAACUCUCCUCUCUCAUCAAUGGUGAUAUCCGAAUGAAUCUUUUGGACAGACCGAAACAUACUUUGUUGACUCCUAUUCAUGAAGAAGAAGACCCGCUUUCCCAUUAGUCCCCCCUUGCACUUUUUCCCUCCUUUUUUGAUUCCCUAUACAUACACAUCCCUGUAGUUAACCGCCUAGUUUUUAGUUACUUUCCCUUGCACGUUUUAUUUCAUCAUUAUUACAAAACACAAUCAUGUAUGUUCACCACCUAGUUUUUUUUUUUUUUUUUUU